GGGAGAGGCGGGUCCGGGAGCCGGCUCAUGGUGGGGGGUGGGGGGAAGAUGGCGGAGCUGAUGCUCCUGAGCGAGAUCGCCGACCCGACGCGCUUCUUCACCGACAACCUGCUGAGCCCGGAGGACUGGGACCGCACCUUGUACAAUGGCCUGGAUGAAGUGGCCGAGGAGCAGGCACAGCUAUUCCGUUGCGUGGAGCAGGAUGUCCCGUUUGACAGCUGCUCCCUGGAUGUGGGGAUGGAUGUCAGCCCCCCUGAGCCCCCCUGGGACCCUCUGCCGAUCUUCCCAGAUCUUCAGGUGAAGUCUGAGCCGUCCUCGCCCUGCUCCUCCUCCUCCCUCAGCUCAGAGUCCUCCCAUCUUUCGGCGGAGCCCUCCAGCCAGGCCCCUGGAGUAGGGGAGGUGUUGGAUGUGAAGACGGAGUCCUUGGCACCCCCACUCUGCCUGCUGGGAGACGAUCCAGCAACCCCGUUUGAAACAGUCCAGAUCACCGUGGGUUCAGUGUCUGAUGAUCCCUCAGAUAUCCAGACCAAGGUAGAACCCGCCUCUCCAUCUUCUUCUGUCAACUCCGAGGCCUCCCUGCUCUCAGCAGACUCUCCCAGCCAGGCUUUUAUAGGAGAGGAGGUUCUGGAAGUGAAGACGGAGUCCCCGUCCCCUCCAGGGUGCCUCCUAUGGGAUGUCCCGGCCCCUUCACUUGGAGCUGUCCAGAUCAGCAUGGGUCCGUCCCCUGAUAAUCCCUCAGGGAAGGCUCCGGCCACUCGGAAGCCUCCACUGCAGCCCAAACCUGUGGUGCUAACCACAGUUCAGAUGCCACCGAGAGCUGGGCCUCCCGGCACUGCUGUCCUUCUGCAGCCCCUGGUCCAGCAGCCCACAGUGUCUCCAGUCGUCCUCAUCCAAGGUGCUAUUCGAGUGCAGCCUGAAGGCCCAGCCCCCGCAGUUCCACGGCCCGAGAGGAAGAGCAUUGUCCCAGCGCCUAUGCCUGGGAACUCCUGCCCGCCUGAAGUGGAUGCGAAGCUGCUGAAGCGUCAGCAGCGGAUGAUCAAGAACAGAGAGUCGGCCUGCCAGUCCCGCAGGAAGAAGAAGGAGUAUCUGCAGGGCCUGGAGGCCAGGCUGCAGGCUGUGCUGGCCGACAACCAGCAGCUGCGCAGGGAGAACGCUGCCCUCCGGCGGCGGCUGGAGGCCCUGCUGACAGAGAACGGGGAGCUCAAGCUGGGCUCUGGGAACAGGAAGGCUGUCUGCGCCAUGGUCUUCCUUCUCUUCGUUGCCUUCAACUUUGGACCUGUGAGCAUCAGCGAGCCACCGCCAGCUCCAGUCUCUCCUCGGAUGAGCAGGGAGGAACCUCGACCCCGGAGACACCUGCUGGAGUUCUCCGAGCAAGGGCCGCCGGCUCAUGGCGUGGAAGCCCUCAAGGAAGCAGCCCAGGGCCCAGAGGAGCAGCAGUCCGGCCCUGCAGGCAGGCCCAGCUUCAGAAACCUGACAGCCUUCCCUGGCGGGGCCAAGGAGCUACUGCUGAGAGACCUGGACCAGCUCUUCCUCGCCUCUGACUGCCGUCACUUCAACCGCACCGAGUCCCUGAGGCUUGCUGAUGAGCUGAGUGGCUGGGUUCAGCGUCACCAGAGAGGUCGACGGAAGAUCCCUCAGAGGGCUCAGGAGAGACAGAAGUCUCAGCUACGGAGGAAGUCGCCGCCAGUGAAACCAGUCCCCACCCAACCUCCAGGACCCCCUGAGAGGGACCCUGUGGGGCAGCUGCAGCUCUACCGCCACCCAGGCCGCUCCCAGCCUGAGUUUCUAGACGCAAUCGACCGACGGGAAGACACCUUCUAUGUCGUCUCCUUCCGAAGGGACCACUUGCUUCUCCCAGCCAUCAGCCACAACAAGACGUCCAGGCCCAAGAUGUCCCUGGUGAUGCCAGCCAUGGCCCCCAAUGAGACCGUGUCAGGCCAGGGGCCCCCAGGGGACUAUGAGGAGAUGAUGCAGAUCGAGUGUGAGGUCAUGGACACCAGGGUGAUUCACAUCAAGGCCUCCACGGUGCCCCCCUCACUCCGAAAGCAGCCGUCCCCAGCCCCAGGCAAUGCCACAGGUGGCCCCUUGCCAGCUUCUGCAGCCAGCCAGGCCGGUCAGGCCUCCCGCCAGCCCCUCUACCUCAACCACCCGUGACUUCCUCAGCUCGUGCUGGCUUAGAACUGGUUUGGGGGAGCCUGAUCCUGGAACCUGGGGUGAUUGGUAAAGGAAAGCAAGGUGUAUGGGGAUCCAGCACUUAAUGGGAGUAGGCUGGGCGACUCGUCUCUCCUCACCUCUGCAGAAUAUAGGGCUCCCCUCCUUCCUGCAAACCCCAGCCCCUCUUUCUCUAAGGGACCUAUGGAAGGUUCAGUUCAGGGCUGGGUAGCUUCCCGUGGCCUCUUCGUUCUUUGGUUUAUCUAUUCAGAAGUAGAGGUGGGACUUUGGUCCCCAGGUGGGACAAGAGAUGUUCUUGGGUGGUGGAAGUCAGUCUGUGUGUGCGUAUUAUCUUUUUUAUUAUUAUUAAACAAGUAACUCACAGGGAGUUAAAGGAA